AUGGAAAGUCACGUUAUUGACCGGUUUCGAGGUCUGGACAUGAAUCAUGGUUUCAUCAAGUCGAUCGUCAAAAAUCAAAUUGAUAGGGAUGAGUACCACAAGGUGAUGGAAGAAAGGAAAGUCGAAACACAACGAAAAUUCCGUGAAAGUAAAAGAAGGAAACCUAUCCCCGCUGCAGAAUAUAGACUUUACGUUCCACCUCACCUUCGAGGAAAGGAUGAAACUCCUGCUAGGAAUCAUGUGUCAGAUCGGAGAAACCCCUGUCCAGCAAUAGUGAGUGAGGUUGAGGAGAACACUCUCAGAGAGAAGGUUCGAAGUCGAAUACAAGCUCGACCAGGAGAGGCACAUACAUUCAGUCCUACCGGCCAAGAUUCCGCGCGUUCCUCUGCACCUCGACCCAUAUUUUUGCUUAAUUUGAAAAAGAAUACCGGAGAUUCUGUUGAUGUCGCAGUAAUGAAUACUGACAACGCCGCACGCUUAGCGAAAGAGUUGGGAAGGAAACACGGUUUUACGGAUGAUCAAUGCCGAAUGUUAAGACUCACUCUCGAGAGAGAGUUCGAAGCGAGGCUACCUUCUUACUCGCAAUUCGACGCUUGGACGUGGUUCGCACCGCCCAACCGCUCAAUUUACUGCAUCGAUUACUGCGAACUCUGGAUUAUUUCUCAUCUGUCAUCUCAUGCUACACCUCCGGGCUUCAAAUCGACCUCAUGCUUUGUUUGUGGUCUCUGA